AUGGACGAGGGCCCCGAAGAAACGCAGCCUGUAGAUGUCAACGCGGACGACAAGACGCGGAUCCGCCAAUCUCAUGCAAUCGUCAUUCCCUCCUAUGCCAGCUGGUUCAACAUGAAAAAGAUCCACCAGAUUGAGAAGGACUCGUUGCCCGAGUUUUUCGAAACUUCACAUCCAUCUAAGUCUCCUGUCAUCUACGCAGACUACAGAAAUUUCAUGAUCAAUGCAUACAGACUCAACCCCAACGAGUAUCUUACACUUACAUCAUGCCGUCGUACGUUGGUCGGCGACGUGGGCACCUUGAUGCGGGUGCACCGCUUCUUGAACAAAUGGGGACUCAUUAAUUAUCAGGUGAAUCCUCAAUUUAAACCCGCGUACGCCUUGGAAAAAGCGCCCGAUGGAAAGGUUGCCGGGUUGCCUUACUGCGGCGACUUCCAUGUUCAGUAUGAUACACCGCGCGGCUUGUUUCCGUUCAACACUUACAAGCCUUUGCAAGAAAACGUGAAUGUGGAAAAACUAAAAGAAUUGGUGAGCAGUGAGCAAUCCAAUUCUGCAGGUAAGAGAGACUUGUUGGAGGCUCCUCUGGGAGAAGACGGUAUGGAGCCUCUGUCAAAGAAGCAAAAGGUUGACUCUGGCGACUGGUCGCCAAAGGAACUCGCGAAUUUGUUGUUGGGCAUCCAAAAACAUGAAAAUGACUGGUACAUGGUGGCCAAAAUGGUGGGUGGAGGUCGCACACCACAGGAUUGCAUUCUCAAGUUCCUCAAGUUGCCUAUCGAGGACAAGUACAACAAGCUCAGUGAUGAUGAUUUGGGAAUUUUAAAGUUUGCAUCCAAUUUCCCGGUUAUGACAGCUGACAACCCAGUCAUCAGCAACUUGGUGUUCAUGACCAAUCUUGUGGAUGCAGAGGUUGUCAAAGCUGCUAGCGGCAAUGCAUCCAAGGUCAUUGACGAAACGCUAUUCAAGAAGGUGAAAGAGAUCUAUGAAGAAAAGGUAGAUUCAGAUCCAAAGCCGUCCAGUGAAGAGGAAAACAAGGACGUCCAGUCACAGGACGACAAAGAAUUGUCGAAAGAAAGUAUUGAUGAGAAACUAAAAGAAGAGUUUGAUUCUCACACUAGUGACUCGGCUGCUGAAGUGCUCUGUAAUGCAUCGACUGCUGUCUUAGGGCUGGUGGGUGCUCGAAGCCAUUUGUUUGCGAAUUAUGAAGAGCGAGAAAUGCAGAGGCUCACGAAUACCAUUCUAAACCAGGAACUCACCAAACUUGAUCUCAAGAUGAAGAAAAUCAAGGAGCUUGAAACAGCUUUUCAAAGAGAAAGAAAGAACUUAGCGCACCAACAGAACCAGAUCUUUACUGAUCGAUUGGCCUUGACACGAUCAACCAUCGACAUCACCAAGAAACUCCACGAGGCCGUGCGGCUUCUCAAACCAUCCGAACAGAGUGCAAGCUCGGGUGCAAACGAGGACAACCUAGCGAACGUAACACGUAUUUUGGACGAGGUGCAAGGACUGCUUUUCAAGCCAGCCAAAUAUUCAUUGAAGGAGGCGGCUGAAGACAAGCCCACAGAGGCUGCCAGCUCAGAGAGCGAAGCUGCGCAUGCAGAUACCAAAGCAAGCAACUUGGGCAAACCGCUUUCGGUUGUAGAACCGCAGAGCUUCAAAGUUUGGGCGCCGUAG